AUGGUUAUAUUCGAAAAUUCUAAACAAAAUGAAACUCCUUCUAAUGAUGUGGCAAAUGAUCACAAGAAUAUCAACACAAAUAUUGAACCAUGUGAUGAAACGAUUAUAAACUUAUCAGUAUCAAACGACUCUAAUCACGAAAACACUCAAAUAGCUGGUUCAAAUUCUCACAUUGAUCAUCGUUCGAACUAUUUCCGCAAUGGACAAUCUUCAUCUUCUGAUUCAUCAAAACUUACUAAUAUCAAUGUCAGAUUAAGUAUUCUUACCAGUUCAAGUUCCCCGAAACCAUUUAAAUAUACAUUGAAGCUUAUUCCUAUACCACAAGCAUUGAAUUCAACUUAUAUAGAAGGAGUAUAUGAAGUUAUUGAUAAUGAUAAUAAAUCAUCCAAUCAAAUGUCAAAUGUGAAACAAAUGUCAUCAGACAAAAGCUCAAAUGAAGUGGAUGAAACCUACUUACAUCUUGCAAAAGGAACUUGUGAUCAGCUAGACAAGCUAAAACCAAAUCGAAUUUCGAACACUGAAUCCCAUUAUCUGCCAUCGAAUUCUAUGAGAACUCAAACAAAGGUGGAUGAAACCUACUUACAUCUUGCAAAACAAACUUGUGAUCAGCUGGACAUGCAAAAAAACAAAUCGAAUUUUGAAUACUGA